AUGUUAACCCCUAUUGUUUAUGUCCAAGACACUGACCCAUUGGCUUCGAAAAAUGUUCUCGAUUACGUCUUUUCACAUUUUUCGGCAGUUUUCUUCUUCUCCACCUUUUAUUUUAUUAUCUACACUUUAAUACUUAAAGGAAAGCCUUAUGUCCAAUCAAAUUUAGUACUUCCAUCAAUUGCUUAUGGAAUUCUUUGGUCAAUUGGAAUGACUUUAUUUAUCGUUUCUAAUAAAUUACUCUCACAAACUGUUAGCUUUCCAAUUACUGUUCGAGUAAGUAAAAAGGAUUCUUAUUUGAACUAG